AUGGCAUCUCUGCUAGCGGAGCUAAAGAGCUUCAGAAAAGAGCAUACGGAUGCCUCUAACGAUACCAAGGCCACUCUUGUCCGUGUUGAAAACACCCUGAAAGAAGUCGUCGAACGGACGGCCAAACUCGAACAGGAAAUGACUGAUAUUAAGGAGAGGCUGAAAAUCCAAAUGGAUUCGGGAGUGAAGACGUUCUCUACACUCGCACAGGCAGCACCAACCCUCAAGCAGUUGGGAAUAAAGGUGAACAUAAGCUCUGCGAUCCCUGUGGGCAUUGAUGUUCAGGUGGAGAGUAUCGACAGCAUCUCUGAAGUCAACAUGGACUUCACCAUGACCCUGUACCUGCGUCACUACUGGAAGGAUGAGCGGCUGUCGUUCCCGUCGCACAACAACCAGAGCAGGACGUUUGACUCUCGUCUGGUGAAGAAGAUCUGGGUCCCCGACGUCUUCUUCGUUCACUCCAAACGCUCCUUCAUCCACGACACCACAAUGGACAACAUCAUGCUGAGGGUCUACCCCGACGGCAACAUCCUGUACAGCGUCAGGGUGACAGUGACCGCUCUCUGCUCCAUGGACUUCAGUCGUUUUCCUCUGGACACACAGAACUGUUCUCUGGAGCUGGAGAGCUACGCCUACAACGAGAACGACCUGAUGUUGUACUGGAAGAACGGAAACGACUCCCUGAGGACCGACGAGAUGGUUCUGUCCCAGUUCUUCAUCGAGCACUUCCAGGCCUCCAGUGGACUGGCCUUCUACAGCAGCACCGGCUGGUACAACCGCCUGUUCAUAAACUUCCUGCUGCGGAGACACAUCUUCUUCUUCAUGCUGCAGACGUACUUCCCCACAAUGCUCAUGGUGGUUCUGUCCUGGGUGUCCUUCUGGAUCGACCGCCGCGCUGUGCCCGCCCGGGUCUCUCUGGGAAUCACCACAGUCCUCACUAUGUCCACCAUCAUCACCGGAGUGUCCUCCUCCAUGCCCCAGGUGUCUUAUGUGAAAGCUGUGGACGUAUAUCUGUGGGUCAGCUUCCUCUUCGUCUUUCUGUCUGUGAUCGAAUAUGCAGCCGUCAACUACUGCACCACACUGGAGGAGUGGAGGAAGAUGAAGAAGGGGAAGCUGCCCUCUGGGUACGAUGCGAGCCAGGCCAUGGCGUUCGACGGCUGUUUCCACGACAACGACAUGGAACUGACCCCGUUCCCCAGGCUCCCCGUGGGAAUGACCUCCACCACCCUACCGUCUCCUGCACACAGCCCGUCCCUGAGGGACCCCAGGGAGCAGCCGGAGGGCACACGGCUCCGGAGACAGCGCUCUGUCAAAGAGAACGUGGACCACAUCGUCAGCAACAGCUAUCUGAUUGACUCAUACUCACGGCUGGCCUUCCCACUGUCAUACCUGCUGUUCAACAUCAUCUACUGGAGCCUCUACUCGUCUUGA